AUGGCAAAUCGGUUUCUAGGACAUUUUCAACCAGGUGACGGUCGUCUCACCAAAACAGUUUAUUCCGGUGAUGACAUCACGCUCUCAGUUUCUACCACUGAUAGCUACUCAUCAGGGACGGGUGAGAUCCGGUGGAGCACCUUCUCAAAUUUUGCAGAAGGAUCUUUAUCUCCAAGUGGAGAUGGAGUUCUGUCCUAUACUAUUCGUUCAGCAUCUAAGAGCGAUGCAGAUGUCUACGGAACAUUCCAAAACAAUGCAGUGGACAACCGUCUUUACAGUUUGAUUCGCGUCAUAGUUAGUGAUUGUCCCCGUGGUCGAUGGAACCUACCGUUAUGUGAUCGUUUGUGUGAUAACUGCUACAAUGGAGGAAUCUGUCAUCCUCAAUCAGGAACGUGUAUCUGUCCUCCAGGAUUCAUGGGCAAGAACUGUUUAACUGCAUGCGGGGAACACCAAUUUGGAUGGGAAUGCGAGAUCAAAUGUGGUGUUGGUAAUGUUCUGGAUGCUUGCAGCGGAAGUCAGAUCUGCCUACCCGAUCCUUAUGGAUGCGACUGCCUCUCUGGUUAUACAGGGAUAUACUGCGAAGAACAAUGUACUCCAGGAAAGUUCGGCGUUGACUGCCUUCAAUACUGUCACUGUGCUGGAGGGGUGCCAUGUGAUGCUUUCACUGGAAGCUGUGAAGGAAGCUGUGAGGAUGGGUGGUCAGGAGAAGGCUGUCAAGUUCCAUCCGUGUGUCCUGUUGGUUACUAUGGAAUCAAUUGUACCGAGUUCUGUAACUGUCCUGAUCUGUCAGAGUGCGAGAAGGAUUCUGGGUUCUGUAUAUCAUCAGAGGGACAAUGUGAGAUUGGGUUUGUCGCUGAAUCACCAGAAAAGCCAGACAGAUGUGCUACAUUUGCAGGAUGUUUCGAGUCCUGUUCUAAGACAUGUCAUUGUGCUGCUACCGUCACGUGUGAUGAGUCAGGUUCGUGCACUUCAUGUCAUCCACGAUGGUCUGGAGACAAUUGCCAAACAGGUUAG